AUGUCAAUCUUCUUCCUUCUUCUCUUCGCUCCGGCCGUGUUCACUGCCGUUCAACUGCACAAUCACGUCGGAUUCAUCGCGUUUUCGGAGCCGGUUCCCGCUUUUCUAUCGGAUAUGUCGCUCAAGGCCCAGUACGAUUACAAAAUGAUUCUAGAGAACACUUCAAUUCCUAUUCGCACUAAGACCACGAAUUUCAAUGCUUGGGCAAAGACCUACAAUGUUACGGUAAAUGAAGUGAAGAGGAAUAUCUUCCAACCAUCCGGUUCAGACUCAAUUCAACCAGUUCGAAGCUCAGCAGAAUGCGACCAGAGUCCAGUUCGAGCAGAAUGUCACGCGAGUGAUAACUCAGUUGUCUUCCGUCAAUGCUCAAAUCACCAAGAUCUUCGAAAACAGCACUUUGAGCGUGGAUGAGCAGCGGGAAACAGUCGAAGAGCUCGCCGAACAGCAGUCAUCCCAGGUAUAUCGAUCAGAGAUCCGUGACAAAAAGAGUCCGUAUGCCUUUAGGAAGUGGCCACUCUCCUUUAUCUCCGUCGUCUCUUCAACCCACAGGACCCGCUCUCCUCCAAACGAUCGUCCGUCUAA